AUGGGUUAUGUGAGACGUUCUAAGUUUGGGCCAGAGGAACCGGCGAGGAAAUCUGAUGUGGAAAUGCAUAACAAGCUAUUAUCAGCAAUGUUUGCGUACGUGCGCUUAAGCAAAGAGUUUGCGCUCAUAUUUCAAGUGCUUUUUGGCGCCAACAAGAUCCCAACCUGA